AUGUCGUCGACGAGUCAUCUGACUGUGGCUCAGACCGACGAGACCAAAGUCAAUAAACGUCGUAGCAGUUUCAAUUUACGUACAACACCUUCAGAAAACUUCCCUUCCGAUUCACUUCAUUCAUCCGCUUCGAAAUUCAAUUCCAAUUAUCUCUAUAAUAUAAAUGUCGAGCCUGCACGAAAACAGUCGAUCACAGUAACGAAAAACAUUUCGCCAACACCAUCGCUAACAGGCGCCUCUUUAAAUGUUCGUCGUAAGCUAAGUGCUAUCUCAUUACCUGUACCUUGGCAUAAAAGAGCACGUUCGCCAAGUGACGACAAGACAUCUGCAGAACCGCUUGCAAAAAACUCACAACACGAUCAUCAACAACAGAAAUCUCAUAAUCCUCAUAAAAUGUCUCGAGAUCGACUACUCACAUUAGAUCGAUUAUUUAGUUCUGUUACACAUACUACCCAGUCGACAAAUGACGACGAGCAAAUUUCACCACUAACCGAAUCUACUGCACUCGAUUCAUCGAUGAGGUCGAACGAUAGAUCAGUAAAAUCGAUGAAGGAAAAUGGAUAUUUACACAAUACAUCACAUCUAAUGACAAGGCUGCAGUGUACAACGAAAGGCACGAAGGCAUUGCGCCUUCUAGGUGAUGGUGGUGUAACGAACAAUUGUGAUAAAAACAAUGAUAUAAUGUUUAAUAUAAAAGAUUCCGCGCUUGCUAAACUCGCAGCACGUGGAAAUAGUCAACGUCGUCUCCUACUAAAAAAUGGUGAAGUCAACAUAUCCAGAUUCAAUAUUGAAAAACGCCGCCGGCAAUAUCUAGCGGACAUUUUCACAACAUUAAUUGACUUGAAAUGGCGAUACACCUUAUUUCUCUUCACACUCGGCUUCUGUUUAAGCUGGUUAGCAUUCGCUCUAAUAUGGUAUUUAUUAAUGUACAUACAUGGAGAUCUUUUACCUGAACAUAGUCACACAAAUAAUUAUACCGCGUGUGUUGCGGGUGUACAUUCAUUUGCUGGUGCGAUACUUUUUUCAAUUGAAACUCAACAAACAAUUGGCUAUGGAACUCGAGUAGUCAAAGAAACGUGUUAUUUCGCUAUAGUUGUUAUGAUGCUUCAAUCGAGCAUAGGAGUUUUAUUGCAAUCGUUUAUGGUUGGUGUUGUCUUCGCAAAAAUUUCCCGACCGAAAAAACGUACGGAAACGUUAAUUUGGUCACGCGAAGCAGUUAUUUGUUUACGUGAUGGACAAAUGACAUUACAAUGUCGUGUCGGUGACAUGAGAAAGUCACAUAUUGUCGAAGCCCAUGUACGAAUGUAUCUGAUAAAAAAGCGUGUGACUUUAGAAGGUGAAAUUUUACCGUUACAUACGUAUGAUAUGAAUGUGGGAUUUGACAAAGGCGUCGAUCGAUUAUUUCUCAUUUGGCCGUUAGUUAUUGAACAUAUUAUCGAUGAACAAUCUCCUUUGUAUGAUGUUAGUCGUGCUGACCUAGCGAAACAACGUUUUGAACUAGUUGUCAUACUUGAAGGGAUCAUUGAAUCGACUGGUAUGACAACACAAGCGCGAACAUCUUAUUUGCCAUCGGAAAUUUUGUGGGGAUAUCGAUUUGAACGUUUAAUAACAUUUCAACGUGAUGAUGGACUCUAUCGGAUUGAUUAUUCGCGUUUUAAUUUAACGUAUCCAGUUGAUAUGAUAACAUGCAGUGCUAAAGAAUUGAAAGAAUUACAUGAAUUAGAAAAAUGGCAUGAAAAUAAUCAAUAUCAUCAUCAGGAAAAACUUGAUAAUCCCAUAACGGUGCCGAAUACGGCAACGACAACAGCAUCGUCUUUCGUUUGGCAAGAAAAGAAAGAGAGCACUUUGUGA